AUGUUACGAUUGAACUAUUUUAAAUCAUUUCAAUAUAGUAUCGAAUUUAUUAUCCCAUUGGUUUUAAGUAUAGUUGGAAUAAUAUGCUUAAUUGUAGUACUAAUACUGAUCUGGUACUAUAGAAGAAAACGAAAUAAACAAGACCCGAAUUCUCCAACUUGUAUUAAUGCAAAUCAAAGAAAACAAUUGCAACUUAAUGGGAAAACAGAAUCUGAAAGAAAAUUCAACAUUGGUGGAAUACUAAACUCAAGUAAACAAUAUCCAUCUUAUCCAAUUACUACACAAAUGCCUAUUGGUUCAUCAAAUUUAACAUCUCCACUAUCGUCCACAUUAUCACCAUCGGUUUAUCCGAUUGCCGGAAUUGUUGCUAAAUCCGUGAAUCCACGCAAUCCAACUCAGCCCCCAUUACCUUCAAUACAGAAUAGAAAAACAUUCAAAGAAUGA